AUGGUACUGCGUAAAGUCUUCCCGGCCAUGUUCACGCCAUCGGAGGAGGCACCGGCCUGCUCUCGGAAUGCGACCCUCUACUUGCUGCGCUGCAUCUUCCUAAUGGGGGUGCGGAAGCCACCGGCUCGAUUCUUCAUUGCCUACUGUCUCUGGUCGUUUGCCCUGAACCUCAGCUCAACGUUCUACCAGCCCAUCGGCUUUCUCACCGGCUACAUCAGCCAUUUGUCUGAGUUCUCUCCGGGGGAGUUCCUCACCUCGCUUCAGGUGGCCUUCAACGCUUGGUCCUGCUCCACGAAGGUUAUAAUCGUCUGGGCGCUCGUCAAGCACUUCGACGAGGCCAACAAAGUUUUGGACGAAAUGGACCAGCGUCUCACCCGACCCAGCGAACGGCUCCAAGUCCAUCGCGCCGUCUCCAGGAGCAACCGCAUCUUCUUCUUCUUCAUGACAGUCUACAUGGUGUAUGCCACCAACACGCUGAUCACUGCGAUCCUGAUGGGGCGGCCGCCAUAUCAAAACUACUAUCCGUACCUGGACUGGCGCUCCAGCUCCUGGCAGCUAGGCCUGCAGACGGGCCUGGAGUACUUUGCCAUGGUCGGUGCCUGCUUUCAGGACGUCUGUGUGGACUGCUAUCCCGUGAACUUUAUCCUAGUGCUCCGUGCCCAUAUGUCCAUCUUUGCGGACCGGCUGAGGCAGUUGGGCAAGGAUCCUGAUGAGAGCGACGAGCAGCGCUACGAGAAACUAGUUCAGUGCAUUCGGGACCACAAGACCAUACUUCGCUUUGUCGAUUGUUUGCGUCCCGUGAUUUCAGGCACCAUUUUUGUGCAGUUCCUGGUGGUGGGCCUGGUCCUUGGUUUCACGCUCAUCAACAUUGUGAUGUUUGCCAAUCUGGGAUCGGCCAUUGCCGCUCUGUCCUUCAUGGCCGCCGUUCUGCUGGAGACCACUCCGUUCUGCAUUCUCUGCAACUAUCUCACAGACGACUGCUACAAACUGGCAGAUGCUCUUUUCCAGUCAAACUGGAUCGAUUGUGAGCAGCGCUACAAAAAGACGCUCAUGUACUUCCUUCAGAAUGUCCAGCAGCCCAUCACUUUUAUGGCCAUGAACGUGUUUCCCAUCUCUGUGGGCACCAACAUCAGUGUCACCAAGUUUUCAUUCUCUGUCUUUACUCUGGUUAAGCAAAUGAAUAUUGCAGAGAAACUUGCCAAGGUCGAUAAGCAAGACGAUUUAAAUUGA